GACUUUAGCGGCCGGAGGCCUCAGCCCUUCGUGCUCAAACACAAAACCCUUAAACCCUCAAGCUCCAUUGUCGAUCUAUACAACAAACUACAACCCAUUUCCCUAUUUUCUCACACAAUGACAAUCCAUUCAGUAGUAAUCCAAAAGCUCCUAAGCACCAACGCCCACUUGGGUCGCCGUGUGGCGGCACACCACUUCAAAAUCUACUCAAUAGGCUCCCGGAAUGGAAUGACAAUCAUAGAUUCCGAAAAGACAUUGAUCUGCCUCCGUAACGCCUGUUCCUUCAUUGGGGAACUCGUUCGCCAAAGAGCCCGCUUCAUUUUCGUCAAUACCAACACCCUUUUCGAUGAAAUUAUUGAUCAGAUGACGGAAACGAUUGGGUGUAGGAAUGAUACUUCUUGGCGUCUUGGAGGCUUUUUAACAAACAGUUCGAGUCCGAGAAAGUUUCGAGGAAGGAAUAAGAAGUUGAACCUUACGGCUAUACAGCCACCUGAUUGUGUGGUUAUCUUUGAUACGGAGAGGAAGUCUUCUGUGAUUCAAGAGGCUGCUAAGUUGCAAAUUCCGAUUGUGGGUCUUGUUGAUUCGAGUAUGCCGUUGGAUAUUUACAAGAAAAUUACCUAUCCUGUGCCUGCCAAGGAUUCCGUGCAAUUUGUGUAUUUGUUUUGUAAUUUGAUUACAAAGACUUUCCUUUACGAGCAGAGAAGGUUGAAUGCUGCCUUGGGAGCUUCUGCAAUUGCAAAGCCUGAAAUUAGAGAGGAAGUUGAACAACUUGACAAGAUCAAGACAGUCGGCAAGGAUAAAAUUUAUGUUCUGCCUUAUGAAAGAUUAGAACCCGCUUCUGAGGAUGCUACCGAGACUAAGCAGCUACUGGACAAACUUGUCGUGUUAAAGUUUAAUGGUAAUUUGGGAUCUGAUAUGGGUUUCAGUGGACCAAAAUCUGCACUUGAAGUAUGUAACGGAUUAACUUGUCUAGAUUUGGUCGUCAAUCAUAUUGAGUCCAUCAACUCAAAAUAUGGUUGCAAUAUUCCAUUGUUGAUGAUGAAUACUCCUAGUACACAUGAUGGCAUCAUGAAGGUUCUGGAGAAGCACCCAAAUAAAAAUAUCCACACUUUCACUCAGAGCCAACGUCAACAAGAAAAUAUUGAAGAUAUGUCAGAGUCGUGGACCCUCAAUAAAUCCAGUGCACAGGAAAAGUUAUAUCCAUCCAACCUGCUGGAGGUUUUCCUUUCUUUGAACAGCAGUGGGAAGCUUGAACCGCUAAUUUCUCAGGGUAAGGAGUAUUUCCUGCUGCUGCAGUCAGAAAACGUUGCUGAAGUUGUUGACCCAAAAAUUCUGAAUCAUUUGAUUAAAAACAGCAUAGAACAUUGUGUCGAGGUAAUGCCUACCACCUCAGGAACGGAAGAGACGAGUCUUCCGCCUCAGGAAGGAAGGAUUCAGUCAAAGGAGCAUGUCAAAUCAAUCAAUACAAUGUGGAUGAGUAUGAGCUGCGUUGAGAGGCUACUACAAAGAAAUGAUCUGGGUUUUACCAGUUCUAAGUUUUUCGAUCGAGCAUUUGCUAUUGAUACUCCAUGGUCAAGAUACCUUCCAGUUGAGAGAACAUCAGAUUUGCUCAUUUUGCAGUCAGAUCUCUACACCUCAGUUGAAGGCACUCUUGUGAGAAAUGCAGCAAGAGCAAAUCCCAAGGAUCCUUCUAUUGAGCUAGGACCUGAGUUUGGAAAUGUUGAUGAUUUCCGUAGUCUUUUCAAGUCAAUUCCAAGCAUUAUAGAACUUGAUAGCUUGAAGGUGACGGGGGAUGUUUGGUUUGGAACUGGCAUAACUCUAAAGGGGAAAGUCAGUAUUGCUGCAAGACCAGGCAUGAAAAUAGUUAUUCCUGAUGGAAUGGAGCUUAAAAAUAGGAUUAUUACCAGCCAGUCAGACAUUGGAGGACCGAGUUCCUUGUAGAUGGGAUUCUGCAAUAUGAAUGUAUAGCUUAAUCCGAAGAGGUAUUUUUCGUCAUACCAGGUGAUUACAAGCCUAAAGAAUUCGAAGGGAGUCCCAAUCAAACCUACAUUUGGAUGUUUCUGAAAAAUGAUAAGCAUCGGAAUUUUGCUGUAAUAAAGGUGGUUUUUUUUCUACUGUUGCUAGAUUCAGUUUCUUUCAGAAGGAAAGUAGAUAUAGUGAAGAGGAAAAGAAAGCAUCAUAAAUGUGUCAUCAUUUAUUAUUGAUAA